AUGUACAGGACCAUACCUCACAACCUGUACCUGACCAUAUCUCACAACCUGUACCUGACCAUACCUCACAACCUGUACCGGACCAUAUCUCACAACCUGUACCUGACCAUACCUCACAACCUGUACCUGACCAUACCUCACAACCUGUACCUGACCAUACCUCACAAGCUGUACCGGACCAUAUCUCACAACCUGUACCUGACCAUACCUCACAACCUGUACCGGACCAUACCUCACAACCUGUACCUGACCAUACCUCACAACCUGUACCUGACCAUACCUCACAACCUGUACCUGACCAUACCUCACAACCUGUACCUGACCAUACCUCACAACCUGUACCUGACCAUACCUCACAACCUGUACCUGACCAUACCUCACAACCUGUACCGGACCAUACCUCACAACCUGUACCUGACCAUACCUCACAACCUGUACCUGACCAUACCUCACAACCUGUACCUGACCAUACCUCACAACCUGUACCUGACCAUACCUCACAACCUGUACCUGACCAUACCUCACAAUCUGUACCUGACCAUACCUCACAACCUGUACCGGACCAUAUCUCACAACCUGUACCGGACCAUAUCUUACAACCUGUACCUGACCAUAUCUCACAACCUGUACCUGACCAUACCUCACAACCUGUACCUGACCAUACCUCACAACCUGUACCGGACCAUAUCUCACAACCUGUACCUGACCAUACCUCACAACCUGUACCUGACCAUAUCUCACAACCUGUACCUGACCAUAUCUCACAACCUGUACCUGACCAUACCUCACAACCUGUACCUGACCAUACCUCACAACCUGUACCGGACCAUACCUCACAACCUGUACCGGACCAUACCUCACAAUCUGUACCUGACCAUACCUCACAACCUGUACCGGACCAUACCUCACAACCUGUACCUGACCAUACCUCACAACCUGUACCUGACCAUAUCUCACAACCUGUACCUGACCAUAUCUCACAACCUGUACCUGACCAUACCUCACAACCUGUACCUGACCAUACCUCACAACCUGUACCUGACCAUACCUCACAACCUGUACCUGACCAUAUCUAACAACCUGUACCUGACCAUACCUCACAACCUGUACCUGACCAUAUCUCACAACCUGUACCUGACCAUACCUCACAACCUGUACCUGACCAUAUCUCACAACCUGUACCGGACCAUAUCUCACAACCUGUACCGGACCAUACCUCACAACCUGUACCGGACCAUACCUCACAACCUGUACCGGACCAUACCUCACAAUCUGUACCUGACCAUACCUCACAACCUGUACCUGACCAUACCUCACAACCUGUACCUGACCAUAUCUCACAACCUGUACCUGACCAUACCUCACAACCUGUACCUGACCAUAUCUCACAACCUGUACCUGACCAUACCUCACAACCUGUACCGGACCAUACCUCACAACCUGUACCGGACCAUAUCUCACAACCUGUACCUGACCAUACCUCACAACCUGUACCGGACCAUACCUCACAACCUGUACCUGACCAUACCUCACAACCUGUAUCUGACCAUACCUCACAACCUGUACCGGACCAUACCUCACAACCUGUACCUGACCAUACCUCACAACCUGUACCUGACCAUACCUCACAACCUGUACCUGACCAUACCUCACAACCUGUACCUGACCAUAUCUCACAACCUGUACCUGACCAUAUCUCACAACCUGUACCUGACCAUAUCUCACAACCUGUCCUGUAGCCAUAACUCACAAUCUGUAUCUUGUCCAUACCUCACAACCUGUACCUGA